UAGUGAUAUUUGUAAUCCUAAAAAAGAAAGACGAGGUAAAGUACGUUCAAAGCUCAUGUCUUGACUUGACUGAAGUAGCGCGCCCGCGCGCGAGAAGCAUACGGUGGUGAGCGACGGAGCUUGGUGGUGGAGUCAUCGCAGCAGAGAAAAAACUAAGUGCUUUUACUACCAUUUCUUAAAUAAUGAGGCUUAAUUUUGACACUUACAAAUUACAACCUCACAUUAAUUCAGAAAUUCUAUGUUUGAAAAUCAAUUGCUUAUGAAGCUCAACUGUUUGUGAAAAUUCUUGACUGGGGCAUACUUGUAUAAUACGUGCAGAAUAGUCUAAAUGUUGACUUGCACAUACAUACAUUUUGCCAAUCUAUGAUUAGAUUUACCGUUCUAAACGGGUUGAUACGAUUAAAGUUGUUUGUAUUUUAGCACAUUAAUAAUGUUGAGGAAUAAUUUGACCCCAAAAUGAUGAUUUACUCCUAUAACCAUUUAUAUAUGCAUUAAGAACUUUCCUUGUCUUUUUUCAGAAGAAGAAAGAAAGAACUUUCCUUGCCUCUUAAAUUCCAAAUACAUCAUGCUAUAUAUGUUCUGACUCUUUAGCUCUAAAUUAUUGAUAUUAUCUUAACUUCUCUUUUGCUUGUUAAUAUUAAGAUGAACACUACUUCUCAGUUUCUCUUCCUUUCACUCAUUGCCAUAUGGUUCAUAUCUCUAACAGCUUUUGGAGCUGAUACUAUUCACCCCGACGAAAAGAAAGCUCUUGAAGAUAUAGGUAAAUCACUUGGUAAGAAGGAUUGGAACUUCGACAUAGAUCCAUGCAGCAACAAACCUAACUGGGCCACACCUCCCAUAUCCAAAGUCGUAGAAAAUAAUGUCACCUGUGACUGCUCUGUUGCUGGUGACGACUUCUGCCAUGUUGUUUCAAUAACUUUGAAAGGGCAAAAUCUGCUUGGCACUCUCCCACCAGAACUGACCGGGUUGCAUUACCUUCAAACUAUUGACCUCUCUCGCAAUUACUUGAAUGGCACAAUUCCAAAGGAAUGGGGCUCCAUGAUGAAUAUUAGAAAAAUUGCUCUCCCCGAAAAUCGUCUAUCGGGUUCAAUACCAGCUGAGAUUGCAAACAUAUCUACUCUCCAAAUUUUGGAGUUAUGGAAUAAUCAGUUGUCUGGAAAUCUUCCUCCUGAGCUUGGGAGUCUAACCCAAAUUCUAACACUGCGAAUUUCCUCUAACAAUUUUAUUGGAGAACUACCUGGGACAUUGACCAAGCUCACUACAUUGCGAGAUUUCCGAAUUGAGGACAACCAAUUCUCUGGAAAGAUACCUGAUUAUAUUCAGAACUGGAUAAAUAUCAAUACACUAGUGAUUCAAGGAAGUGGAUUAAGUGGGCCGAUUCCUUCUGGAAUUUCUCUUUUAAGAAACUUAACUGACUUGAGAAUUAGUGAUUUGAAUGGAUUUGAGUAUGCACCUUUGCCAGAACUUAAUAAAAUGACUUCGUUAAAAACUUUGAUUCUGAGGAACUGCAACAUCAAUGGAAAAUUAUAUGAUUAUCUUGGGACUAUUGCAUCAUUAAAAAUAUUGGACCUCAGUUUUAACAAAUUAAGUGGAACAAUUCCGAGAUCCUAUGCUGCCAUGAACAGUUCGAAUUACAUAUUUCUUACUGGAAACCUUCUCACUGGACCAGUACCUCCUACUUGGAGAAAGAAUACCUACGUAGAUCUUUCAUACAAUAACUUCAGCAUCAGCCAGGAGAGUCAGAUAUGUCGAGAUGACAAUGUGAACUUGUUUUCUACCUCAAGGGCACAUAAUGAUAUGGGAACAGUUUCGUGUUUGAGCCUUAAAUGUCCUAAACCCUCAUACUCCCUUUAUAUAAAUUGUGGUGGAUAUCAAGCAAUAGUCAACCGAACAACUUAUGAUGGUGAUUCAGACUCAUCUGGACCAGCUAGAUCCCAUGCCACAGAAAAUUGGGCAUUUAGCAGCACUGGUCUAUUCAUUGAACAUGAUAUACUUGGAAGAACUUUUACCCCACAAAAUAUCUCUAAACUUACUAUGGAAGAUGCUGAGUUGUACAUGAAUGCGCGUAUUUCACCUAUUUCUUUAACUUAUUAUGGGUUUUGCCUGGCAAGUGGAAGCUACACAGUAAAUCUGCAUUUUGCUGAAAUAAUGUUCACAGAUGAUCAAACUUAUGGUAGUCUUGGAAGGCGUGUAUUUGAUAUCUAUCUUCAGGGAAAGCAGGUGCAAAAGGACUUCAAUAUUGCACAAGAAGCAGGAGGAGUUGGUAAGAAAAUCAUAAAACAGUUCAAAGAUGUUGUUGUUUCUAGUAAUACUUUGGAGAUCCGUUUAUAUUGGGCUGGAAAAGGGACACAGGCUGUCCCAAAUAAAUCAGUAUAUGGUCCUCUUAUAUCAGCUAUCUCAGUGGAAUCUGACUCUCCACCUGGAACUGGAAGCAUAUCUGCAGGAGCUGUGGCUGGAAUUGUGAUUGCUGCAACAAUUAUUAUCAUUCUAGUAUUCGGUAUACUUUGGUGGAAAGGAUGUUUUGAAAAGAAAAACUCAUUAGCGAGAGAGCUGGAGAGUUUAGACAUUCAAACAGGUUUAUUUACCUUAAAACAAAUCAAUGCAGCUACGAAUCACUUUGAUAUUUCCAAUAAGAUUGGAGAAGGAGGAUUUGGUCCCGUGUACAAGGGAUGCUUACCCAAUGGGACAUUGAUAGCAGUAAAGCAACUUUCUUCUAAAUCAAGGCAAGGGAAUCGUGAGUUUUUAAAUGAGAUUGGCAUGAUUUCUGCUUUGCAACACCCUAAUCUUGUUAAACUCUGCGGUUGUUGUGUGGAGGGAGAUCAGUUGUUGCUGAUAUAUGAAUACUUGGAAAACAAUAGUUUAGCACGUGCUUUAUUUGGUCCAGAAGAACUCCAAAUAAAAUUGGAUUGGUCAACAAGGAGGAAGAUCUAUGUUGGUAUUGCUAGAGGUUUGGCAUACCUCCAUGAAGAAUCAAGAUUGAAGGUUGUUCACAGGGACAUCAAAGCAUCUAAUGUGUUGCUCGAUAAAGAUCUUAACCCAAAGAUAUCUGAUUUUGGUUUAGCCAGACUUGAUGAGGAGGACAAUACUCACAUUAGUACUAGAAUUGCUGGGACCUAUGGAUAUAUGGCUCCUGAAUAUGCAAUGCAUGGUUAUUUGACAGACAAGGCAGACGUUUAUAGUUUUGGAAUUGUUGCCAUGGAAAUCGUUAGUGGAAGGAGCAACACCCUUUAUCGGUCCAAGGAGGAACCAUUCUAUCUUCUUAAUUGGGCACAUUUGUUGAAAGAGAGGGGUGACCUAAUAGAACUAGUUGAUAGAAGAUUAGGUUCAGAUUUCAACAAAAAGGAAGCUAUGGUGGUAAUCAAUGUGGCUCUCCUAUGCACGAAUGUAACUUCAAACCUUAGGCCCUCCAUGUCGUCGGUGGUAAGUUUCCUUGAAGGAAGGAGUAUGGUUCCAGAAUUUGUUUCAGAUUCAAGUGAAGUAAUGGAUGAAAAGAAGAUGGAAGUAAUGAGGAAGUAUUACUAUCAGAUGGAAGAAAAUGAGAAAAGUAAGUCACAAACACAAAGUCAGAGUUUAUCAAUUGAUGGGCCAUGGACAGCUUCAUCUUCGUCAGCUGUUGAUCUUUAUCCAGUUCACCUUGAUUCUUCCUAUUGGGAGAAAAGAAAUUAAGAGUUUAUCAAUUGCAUAUUCCUGCUUGAUCUCUUGCCAAUAUGCCUUGUGAUGAAAAUGUGAUGCAUUUAAAAUAGAGUACUCUGUCCCUAUUUAUAAAUCUCAUUGUUGAAUGCAGAGUGCUCAUAGGGUUUUUUAUAGUUAAACAGCUUCAUCAUCCACUUAUUGAAAGGAUUUUACUCUCUAUGGUGAGAUUCAAAUAUUAGAACCAUUUGACUCGGUUAAAAGUUGUUGAUCUCUUGAAUUUGUUAUAAAUUAAUUGACUUAAUAUUACAAGAGCAAAGUUAGCAACAUGUUAGUUGUUGGUUCU